UUUCCUGAUCCAACCAUGAGUCCGACGUCUUCUCCGACAGUUACCGACGUGAAGAUGGUAUUUUCACCAAGCACGACUCAACCCAUCCGACCCCUGAGGAAACCUUCAUCUGGCCCCAUGGCCCCUUCCUUGGCAUUGCCUUCAAAAUUCGCCACCGUGCCAAGUUCUAGGUCUGCACCAGCCGCGCCAGGCGCCACUGUGGACGGUCCAAUAACCACUCCAGUCGUCAGGAAUAAAACAUUAAUGGGAUUAGUCCCACCAGCACUUACUGUGUACUUCUGCAACUACUGUGGUCAACAAGGGAAUUUUCGGUGCAAGCGCUGCAAGAAGAUGCCUUAUUGUUCUGUGGUUUGUCAAGCAGAAGAUUGGAAGGCUCACAGACAUGCUUGCAAGCCUGUUGAACCAGAGCCUGCUGCACAAGAUGUAAGUCAAACUAUAGGUUCCCCAGUUAUUGGAAACAAAGACCCCCUGGCAGAGAUGAAGGAUAGUGAUUCAUCCAGCCCUCGGAAGGUUUAUAUGAAUGACUUGUGUAUGUCUAAAACUAUCAUGGGAACAGAUAUCCAGGCAUCUGUUGUAGAGUUCUACAGCCCUAGCAGAUUUUUCCUCCUUCCUCAAAACCCUGAGUUGCUGGAGACUUUACAGAUGAUCAGUACACAGCUUCAGAAAACUUCCUGUGUCCCCUCAGUGACACCUUAUGUACCUUGUGUUGGCGAGGUUUGCGCAGUUCAGUUUUCUUGUGAUAUGAACUGGUAUCGAGGAUUUGUCCAGACUGUGGCUGCUGACCAGCAGAUGGCUAAUAUCCUUUACAUUGACUUUGGCAAUGAAGAAAAUGUACCAGUGGACAGGAUCAGACCACUGCCGGCUAAUAUCCACCCAUUUUCCCCAUGUAUAAUGGAGUGCCGGAUUGCUGACAUGGUGCCGGUGGUUGGCAAUUGGUCUGGCGAGUGCUGUAUUGCAGUGAGACAGCUGUUGGCUGGCAAGACUGUGACCGUUAAGCUGGUGGCAAUGCAGGAAAAUAGUCACGUCCAUCUUGUGGAUAUCCUACUUUCAGUUGGUGGAAAGUACCUGAGUACAUUUCUCCUUGAGCAAGAAUAUGCAGUGAAGGAAACUGCCAACUUGGCACCAACUGAGAAAGAUAUAAGUGCCAUGAUGAAUGCAUCAUUGAAAAACUUCAGGUGUCUCUCUGAUGGGAAAGAUGACAAUACCUGGGCUCAGCCUCCUGAGCCAAUAACACAGGCAGUAGGUGAUCAGUUGUCUGUUUUGGUCACUCACUUCCAGUCACCCAACCAAUUCAUUGUGCAGAAAGUAGAGAAUGCUGGGGUCAUCCAGGAUUUGCAGGUAAAGCUGAGGGAACACUGCUCCAAAGUUGCCGCUCCACAGAACUUCAGACCAGCUCCUGGUACAGUCUGUUGUGCCCAGUUCUCAGAGGACAAGCUGUGGUAUAGAGCUGAAGUAUUAGCUUAUCCCUCAGAGAAACGAGUCUGUGUCGGCUACCUUGAUUUUGGCAACUCUGAGGAGGUGGAUUUAAGCCACCUACGACCUAUCAGCGCCUCACUACUUGCCCUUCCAAUGCAAGCUAUACCUUGUGGCCUAGCAGGGGUGCAGCCUGUUGGGGACGGGUGGUCGGAGGACUGCCUUUUGGCCUUGCAGCGACGAGUGUCGAACAGAAUUCUGCGCAUUGACAUCCAGGGAGCAUAUGAAAGCAAAGCCUUGGUGACUAUGAUCGAUGAGGCCAGCGAUCCUCAGGCCAACAUAGGCGAGUUGUUGAUCUCUGCAGGCUAUGCUGCUCCUACUCCUGCUACUACCAGUGUUGAUCAGCAGACCGUUGAAGGAGGCCCUACUGGAGAACCUCACGUGUCUCUCCCUGAAUGUGCACCUCUGGUUUGGUCUACUACUGAGCUUCCCCGUGAUGGCCAGAGAGUGGCGCUACUUGUCAGUAACAUGGAGAGUCCUGGGAAAUUUCACUGCUGCAUCAACAAUCCCACAGACCAUCAGAGGCUAAUGGAGCUGGGAGCUCAGUUAAAGGAACACUGUGAGGCCGACACCUCACCUUUCAUCCCUAAAGUGGGAGAGCCCUGCUGUGCCAUGUUUCCUGGUGGUUGUUCAUGGUAUCGGGUUAUGGUAAAGGAACUAUCUGACGAUGGGGCAACAGUAAACUUUGUUGACUAUGGUUACAACACAACAGUGGAAAAGAGCAAGCUUCAUUCUAUUACUCCCAAACUCCUGAAACUCCCUUUUCAAGCAGUUCCCUGCUGGCUUACAGGUGUGGAGCCACUAGGAUCAGAGUGGAGCAGUGAAGCCCUGCUGUGGUUCCAAACGCUGGUGGAUGGCGAGCCGCUGUCCGCUCUUGUCCUCUCCGUCACUGAGCAGGGUUAUGGUGUAGAGCUGGAGAGCAGAGGACAAAAGGUGGCAGCCGCCCUGAUUUCUGAGCAGCUUGCCAAAGUUCCUGGAGAGGCUUCCAAUGAAACGUGUGCAAAGUCGGGCUCUGUUACCAAACAACAAAAGGGUGUGAAGGAAAAUGGGCACGACCAGCUGCUUGUUGAAGCCCCUAAUAAGAUGGAAGUCAGUUCCGAAGAGACAAUAAGUGAAGGGCAGACUGCAGUGCCAUCAGACGUCACAUCUUUCCCAGUGGAUUGGAAGACAGUGGAACUACCGCUCAACAAGACCUUUCAGCCUUGCAUUGCAGCUGUUAUUAGUCCUUCCCUCUUCUACUUGUUUGGUGUCACCCAGGUUGACCAGCAAAAGCUUCAGGAGGUGAUGAUGGAUCUGGCUGCAUACUGCAACAACAGCACUUCAUCUGUGGGUGGAAAGUGCAGCCCUGCUCCUGGGGCUGCCUGUUGUGCCCAGUUCUCUGGUGACAAUAACUGGUACCGUGCUGUUGUCCUGAGAGUUGGUGAGAAUGAGUUGAGUGUCGUCUACGCAGACUAUGGUAACAGUGAGAUGGUACCUUUCUCUAAAGUCCUACCCAUCCCCAUGCACCUGUUGCAGCUCCCUUUUCAAAUCACUCGCUGCACCCUCACAGGAAUAGAGCACUUUCCUGCAGAAUGGCCAACAGAAGUACAGCAGAUGUUUGGGACUGAAGUGGUGAAUGGUGUCCUUGCCACCGUUAAAGCAUUUGAUGGCUCUGCUAAUGUGCUCUCCCUCACUUUGCCUGCUGAGAGGGGUGGGGGACACCUCACUACCAUGAUCUUAGAUGCAUUAAAUGUCCACAGCAACCCUGACACCAUGACCAGGACAGACAAACCUGACGACAUGCUCAUUAGCUCUGCUGCUGAACCUGGCCUCCCUCAGCCGAAGCCAAUACCCGAAUUCCAAAAUGACCUUGAAACCAUGACUGUGACGGUUAACACCAUGGGGCCAAACAAAACUGCAGAACCAACAACCCAGAGGCCUCAGCAGACGAUCAGUACAUCUGCAGCAACAGCUAAUGAAGAUCCAGUGAAGGUUGUCGAUCAGAUGGAGCCCCCAUGCCAAGAUAAUACAAAUGAUAAUGAUCCUCAGACCUCAAGCUGCUGCUGUCAGAGCCUUAAGACAAAGAUUGACAAUGUGGAACAGAUGAUGCAGCUGCAGCUGGAGCUCAUCAAGAAGCUGGUUGGAGAGAAUAAAUAAAGAUUCUGUACAUGUCUUCAUUGUUCAACUGGAUACCCACUGCAUUCCAGUUUCUUUUUGGUUUUAAAAUUUGGGUUUGAGCUU